AUGGUGGCGUUGAAGCAGCAGCACCUCGCCGCCGGCGGGCCCAAGAUGGGGGCAGAGAAGCUGAUCAUCCGGACGGAGAAGGUGCGGUUCAUCGACAUCCUGUCGAUGUUGUUCCUGCGGCGCCCGAUCACCAGCUACCCGUUCGUGGAGGCCGGCGACCAGACCGCCGCCGACUUCGGCAGCACGCCGGGCGACUGGUUCGUCGCGCUCACGCAGCUCAUCCAGAAGGCGCUCGCCGGCGCCUACUACCCGGCCCUCAUGAUCGGCGCCGUCGUCAAGUUCCUCCUCAACUUCAUCGCCCUCAACAAUGGCAUACUGGGCAUCUUCCUGAACAUCUUCAGAUGUAAGGUGGUGAUCCCACUGAACCGGGAGGCGCCCAACUUCCGGUCGAUGAUCGCGAUGAUCGACGGGAGGACGGAGCUGAAGCCGCUGCCGGUGGGCGGCGGCCCCGACGACCGGCGGCUGCAGGUGGUGGGCGUCUCUGUUGGAGUAUGCGUGGACGUGGAGAGCGGCGAGUGCGGCAGCACGUCGGUGCCGCUCGUCCAGCAGCAGUACGUGAACGGGCGGCUCAUUCGCCUCCGCACCUUCUCCGUCUUCGAGGUCACCGUCAUGGCCGCCAAGAUCGCCUACGAGAAUGCCGCCUACAUCGAGAACGUCGUCAAAAACGUCUGGAAGUUCAACUUCGUGGGGUUCUACAGCUGCUGGAACAAGUUCGUUGGCGACCACACGACACAGGCGUUCGUGAUGACGGACAAGGCGUCGGACGCGAGCGUGGUGGUGGUGUCGUUCCGGGGCACGGAUCCCUUCAACAUGCGCGACUGGUCCACGGACGUGAACCUCUCGUGGCUGGGCAUGGGCGCCAUGGGCCACGUCCACGUCGGCUUCCUCAAGGCGCUCGGCCUCCAGGAGGAGGACGGCAAGGACGCCGCCCGGGCCUUCCCCAAGGCCGCCCCCAACGCCGCCGGCGGCAAGCCCCUCGCCUACUACAAGCUCCGGGAGGUGGUCAAGGAGCAGCUCGGCAAGCACCCGAGCGCCACCCUCGUGGUCACCGGCCACAGCCUCGGCGGCGCGCUGGCCGGCAUCUUCCCGGCGCUGCUCGCGCUCCACGGCGAACAGGACGUCCUGGACCGCCUCCUCGCCGUCGUCACCUACGGGCAGCCGCGCGUCGGCGACAGGGUCUUCUCCGACUUCCUGCGCGCCAGGCUCCGCGUCGAGAUGCUCCGGGUGGUGUACCGGUACGACGUCGUGCCGCGGGUGCCGUUCGACGCGCCGCCCGUCGCCGCGUUCGCCCACGGCGGGACCUGCGUCUACUUCGACGGCUGGUACAAGGGCGCCGCCAUCGCCGCCGGCGGGGACGAGCCCAACCCCAACUACUUUGACCCGAGGUUCCUGCUGUCCAUGUACGGCAACGCCUGGGGGGACCUCUUCAAGGGCGCCUUCCUGUGGGCCAAGGAGGGCAAGGACUACCGGGAGGGCACCGUGUCGCUGCUCUACCGCGCCGCCGGCCUGCUGCUGCCCGGCCUCGCGUCGCACAGCCCGAGGGACUACGUCAACGCCAUCCGCCUCGGCAGCAUCGCCGCCAUGGAGGCCUGA